UAUUGACAAUAUGGCCGUUGAACUGGGCUUGGAUUUGGAGCAAAUUGUAAUUUGACAGCACUCACCGGGGCUGCGAUAACGACCCGUCUACAACUCAGGAGAGUAAGGGACAGAUGCAUUUGAAUGAAGGGAGCCGCGAAUGCACGGGGCGGUGUCAGUGAGCUGAGGAAACGUCCAGAGUGCGAAACCCGUCAUGUCGUUUUUCAAGAGGAAAGCCAAAAGCAAAGAACCUGAGAGAGUGACAGAUGCUAAAGUCAGUAGAGCUCCAGUCAGCCCUCACUCUCCAUCAUUAGGACUGAGGAACCACCAUGCCAUCCAGGAAGCUGCGGGGCCAAGCCAUGUGGCCAUCAAUGCCAUCUCUGCCAACAUGGACUCCUUCGCCCGCGGUCGCACCGCCAUCCUCAAGAAACAGCCAAGCCACAUGGAGGCUGCACACUUUGGCGAUCUCGGUCAUUCCAGUGUGAACUAUCAGCCCCAGGAGACCCGCUCUCGGCUAUCCAAGACAGUGGACCAUGUCCUUCGGGACAAUGUGGCGAUGCCUCACUACAUGCAUUUCAUGGAACUGCAGGGUGCUGACCACCUGGUUCGGUUCUGGUUAGAGGCUGAGAGUUUCCGUUCCACCAGCUGGUCGCGAGUCAGAGCACACAGUCUAAAUUCUGUAAAACAUAGCUCCUUGGCUGAGCCCGUCCCUGCGUCCCCGGAUGGCUCAGAGCUCCGAGAGACAGCCCCACACUCACCCAAUGCCCUUGCCCGGGACAGUAGCAGUGAAGGUUCUACGGUGCCGUCAGAGCGGCGCAACUCCUCCAGCUCAGAAGCUGGCCUGAGACCCGGCACCCCUCGCGCAGAAACCCCCAGCAGGCAGGCACCCUCCAGGACAGGGACUCCCUACAAGGUGCAGUCAAACAGCACCCUGCGAGAGCUCUCUGACAAACUCAUGAAAAGUAUAGAGAAAGAUGCAGUUACAAUCUUCACCAAGUACAUCUCUCCAGAUGCUGUGAGGCCCAUCCCCAUCACAGAACAAAUCAGAAAUGACAUAGUCGCUAAGAUAUGUGGAGAGGAUGGCAUGGUGGACCCAAACUGCUUUGUCAUUGCACAGUCCGUAGUCUUCACCAUCUUGGAGCAACAGCACUUUAGUGAGUUCCUGCGGAGCCAUCAUUUUUGUAAAUACCAGAUCGAAGUGUUGACUAGUGGCUCAGUGUUCCUGGCUGACAUCUUGUUCUGUGAGUCAGCUCUCUUCUACUUCUCUGAGUACAUGGAAAAGGAGGAGGCGAUGAAUGUACUGCAGUUCUGGCUGGCGGCAGACAACUUCCAGAACCAGCUAGCAGCUAAAAAGGGCCAGUAUGAUGGCCAGGAGGCUCAAAAUGAUGCCAUGAUCCUCUACGACAAGUAUUUCUCACUCCAAGCUACCAACCCUCUGGGCUUCGGCGACUCUGUGCGGAUGGAGAUAGAGUCGAAUAUCUGCCGAGAGGGAGGGCCUCUCCCUGACUGUUUCACUACUCCACUCAGACAGGCCUGGACAACCAUGGAGAAGGUCUACAUGCCAGGCUUCCUGUCUAGCAACCUUUACUACAAAUACCUGAGUGACCUCAUCAAUUCGGUGCGGGCGGAUGAAUUUGUGAAUGUCAGCACUCCAGGUCAGGGUGGGCCUGCAGACAACGACCGCUCAAGUUCAAAUGCCAGCGAGGGCUCUCAGACUCAGCAAGGUGCCAAAAAGGCAGCGAUCAAGAUCUUGAAAAACUUCGAUGAGGCGAUCACAGUGGACGUCGCCAGCCUGGACCCUGAGUCCUUGUACCAGCGGCCAUAUGCUGGAAAGAUGACGUUUGGGAAGGUGAAUGAGCUGGGCCAGUUUAUCAGGGAGGCAGAGCCAGAGCCGGAUGUGAAGAAAUCCAAAGGCUCCAUGUUUUCUCAAGCCAUGAAGAAAUGGGUCCAAGGCAACUCAGAUGAGGCCCAGGAAGAGAUGGCAUGGCAGAUUGCCAAGAUGAUUGUCAACGAUGUCGUCCACCAGUCAAACCGUGACAGCCCCGGCAAGGCCACCAAGUUAUGACCCCACUGAAGAACCAAAGGACUGUCACUCCCUGCAGAUGUGGCUGGCCGAGCCAGUGACAAACCGUACACAGGGUUCACCCUGCAAUGAACUGUAUUACUCUGAGAAUGAACAAGGCUUUUCAUCACCUCCCCAACCACCAGGUGUCUGUGUGCGUGUGUGUGCGUGUGUGCGUGUGUGUGCGUGUGUGCGUGUGUGUGUGUGUGCGUGUGUGUGCGUGCGUGCGUGUGUGUGCGUGUGUGUGUGUGAGUGAGCUUGGAUGAGCGACUGUUCACACAUAGGCUAAUGGAAAACUUGAAGUACAUCAUUGUUCCAAUCUUCCGACUCCAAAACACUAUAAAGGUACAUGUGUAGACGCCAAAAGUAAAGCAAAGCAAAGCAAAGCAAAGCAAAGUGCUUGCUACAGACAGGAGGAAGUCACCCCUGAGGAGGAAAGGAAAGCAAGGAAGAGAGGAAACAUUCACCAUGAUGCUAGAAGAAAGCUGGCACAAAGAAGCAGCAUCUCGGCCAGGACUAUCACUGUGUUGCUGUAGCCAUAGUGUUUGUACAAUGUCUUAUCUCGGACCUAUGGAGGACAUGACAAAGACUGAACUACCCUCCCUCCCUCAUGACACCUCCCCACACCUUUUAUAACCAUUCCUUGGUUUUAGAUGAAAUUCUCUUUUAAGGGUCAGCUACUUAAGGAUUUAGCAGAUAAAAAUCAUCAGUGUGGAGCGUUGUACAGUUUUUGCAGACGCUUCCUUCAGCCUGCCUGGAGUACUUUUGUCUGCUGCUCCCUCAAUUGAACUGUCCUACCUUGGCUGUUAACUGUACGUACUGUAGAAUGUCUUGAAAUGUGACCAUGAAACAGAAAAGGAUGUGAUUCAGUUUUUGGACUGGUUGAGAGUGUAGAACAAGAAAUGCUCCCUAAUGAACUUAAGUGCUCCAGUUGUGUUGGAAACCUCCAAACUCCAUGUCCUAAAUGCUUGUUUAUAUAUACAUAUAUAUAUAUAUAUAUAUAUAUAAAAUGUAGAUUUUUCUGGUUUACCCCGUAUAUUAAUGUUAGUCCUUUUCUUAUGGUGAUGGCUGUUUGUUUUUUUUGUUUUUUUGUUUUUUUUUAAUUUUUUUUUUUAUGCAUCACUGAAACAAACGUCAGUGAUAACUGGACUGUUCAACUGGAAAAUGUGCUCAGUGAUUUAAAGUUUUGUUUUUGUUUUUUUUAAAUUUCUUUUGAGCCUUACCAAGAUGUGGAAAAGAACCAGAAAAGACUCUUGGUACUAUGUACCACUAAUGUUUUCUGAUAUGUAUGUGUACUUAAUCUAUAAUAUAUUUAAAUUGUGUUUGAUUUAAAUACAUAUAUUAUGAAAUGUUUUGUCUGUCUUCAUUUUUUGGUGACAUUUUAGCUGAAGUGCUGGUAUAUUAUUGUGGUUUCAUGCCACUGCA